UUAGUUCCGGUCAAAAUACACAACUCCUAAAUCGUCCUCUUUAAUCUUCAUUUUGCUUUUUCCUUAGAAAGAAGCAAGAAACAGUAAAAUGGCUAAAAACUCUAUCGAGUUCGAUUGUUACACUGAGCGCAAAGCUUUCGACGAGACAAAAGAAGGUGUAAAGGGGCUCAUCGACGCUAAAAUCACUGAGAUCCCUCGCAUUUUCCACAUCCCUAAAGAUACCUUACCGGAAAAGAAACCCUCUGCCUCUGUUGCAGACCUAGCGAUCCCUACCAUCGACUUUGCAAGCAUCGGUGUGGACGCAGCGUCACGUGAAAUCGUCGUAGAGAAAGUUAAAUAUGCGGUGGAGAAUUGGGGAUUCUUCCAGGUGAUUAACCAUGGUGUUCCUUUAGACGUUCUUGAAGAUAUUAAAGAUGCAGUUCGUAGGUUUCACGAGGAAGAAGAUCAUGCCGUCAAGAAAUCAUAUUACUCUCUUGAUUUCACCAAGAACAAAUUUGCAUACAGUAGCAAUUUUGAUCUCUAUAGUUCUUCACCGUCUCUAACUUGGAGAGAUUCUAUCUCUUGCUACAUGGCUCCUGAUCCUCCCACUCCUGAGGAGCUCCCAGAGACUUGCAGGGAUGCUAUGAUUGAAUACUCAAAGCAUGUGCUGAGUUUAGGCGAUUUGCUCUUUGAGCUUCUCUCAGAAGCACUAGGUUUGAAAUAUGAGAUCCUUAAGAGCAUGGACUGCUUGAAGAGUUUGCUUCUGAUCUGCCAUUAUUACCCACCUUGUCCACAACCUGACCUAACUUUAGGGAUAAGUAAACACUCGGACAACUCCUUCCUCACGGUUCUUCUUCAAGACAACAUCGGAGGUCUUCAAAUUCUUCAUCAAGACUCUUGGGUCGAUGUCUCUCCCCUUCCUGGAGCUCUCGUUGUCAACAUUGGAGAUUUCUUGCAGUUGAUAACAAACGAUAAGUUUAUAAGUGUGGAGCAUAGGGUGCUUGCGAAUACACGAGGACCAAGGAUUUCAGUAGCAAGCUUUUUCAGCUCAAGUAUACGUGAAAACUCAACAGUUUAUGGACCGAUGAAAGAGCUUGUAUCUGAAGACAACCCUCCAAAAUACAGAAACACAACCUUAAGAGAAUACUCAGAAGGAUACUUUAAGAAAGGUCUUGAUGGAACAUCGCAUCUGUUAAAUUUCAGGAUAUGAAACUCAUGACAUUUAAAAUAAAAAUUAAAAGCAUAUUGUCUUAUUUGCUUGUAAGAUAUUCAUAUCAUAUAUGGAUUGUUGUGUUUCUUACAUCAGCUACUCUGUUCUUGGCUCUGCAACAGUUAGUCAAUUCAAUGUACCGAAAAUAAGAAGAAGUAAUCUGUUUAUAAUGUGACUAUGUGUAAUUAAGCUACUUUGUA